UGAUCGAGAUGAAUUUACGCUUCUUGACUGGGGUCAGUUAAAUUUAUUAAAUAGCCAAAUAGCGUGAAAAAAGAAUGCUUCCUCAAGGUAUUCGUAAAGAGGAAAUAAAGAUUUAUGCGCAGUCAUAAAAAGUCAGCGAGGAAUCUGGUGCCGAGAAGAAGUCAGCCAUGUUGGAUUACGUGAAGGUGUAAUUUUACUUCAAAUUUACUUUGAUGAACAUAUCAAGAACUAGAAGAUAACCGAGUUUGACUGACAACGUGUGCUGUUAACCUUUAGCUUAUAGCCGGAAAUUUCAACUCCCCGGUCUUGCAUUUCGAGAUAUCUGUGUCUGUCUCGUAAAAAGAAGCAUCAGCAACUGUCCAAAGGUAUCAUGGCAGAAAAAGAAGUGAAGACUUCCAGUUACAGUCAUAACCUAGAACAAUAUGUUUUGUUGGCCAAGUCUGCAAGGGGAGCUGGGUUAGUGGCCCUCAUAAACCAGACAUUAGAGGCACCGGGAGUGUACGUUUUUGGAGAACUUAUAGAGAUGCCAUCUGUGAAGGCGGUAUGUAUCUGCAUGUUUGCAGUGUGUUUGAUUCUUGAGAGAAACAAGAUUCGUCUCAUGAGAAACGAGAUGCGUCUCGUCAGUAACAAGACAAGAGGUGAUUCUUUCCACGACUUGGAAGAAAUAUUGCGGAGUUUGCAAGAGUAUUCAGGGGACAAAGUUACACCCUCCGACGAUAGCACUAAAGGAUUAGAAAAACACUUCGUGGGCACGAAUUCACAGGAAGUUUCUACAGCGAAGAGAAGCGAUCGGCCAAACGUCGUGGACAUAUUGAUGGAAAUAUUACUGCAACAGAAACUGCACACUUCUAAAGAAUAUACACUGGAUGGUCUGAGAUUUAAAGUUUCAGCCAAUGCCAGCUCCUUACCAGCUCUUACUCCAGCACAACUAAAGAAAUUACGACAUCUAACAAUAGUGUCCUUAGCAGCUAAAUCAAAGUUCAUACCAUACAGCCUGUUAUUACAAGAACUGGACAUCAAGAAUCUCAGGGAACUAGAGGAUUUAAUCAUUGAUGCUAUUUAUGCUGAUAUUAUCCAUGGCAAGUUAGAUCAGAAAAACAAACAGCUAGAGGUAGAUUUUGCUAUUGGUAGAGACAUCACUCCAGAGACAGUAACCAGAGUCACAGAAGUGUUACAAGAUUGGUGUGAUGGUUGUGAAUCAGUUCUUCGGAGCAUAGAGAAACAAAUACAACGAGCAAAUUCGCACAAAGAAAAGAAGCAAAAACAGAAAAUUCAAGUGGAAGCUGAGGUCGAAAACCUGAAAAAGGCCAUCAAGGCAUCAUCGCAGUCAGACCUAGACAAUGCUGUCGUGUCAGGAAUAUCAGCAGCUUACCACAGCCAACAGUAUCAACAGAAAGCACCUGCUACCUCCAAAACUAAAGGGUCAGUUCACUUACAGCUCUUUCACAUCACAACAUACGAAAUGUUCCUGUUUGGUCUCCAUACAUUAAUAAUAUUAUCAGUCCAGUUCGAGCUCUGUUUCUGAGAGUUAGCCAGAGCUUCACCAUGAUAGCAAAUGUGUCUGCUGGGAGAAUUUGGAGUUUGAUGAAACGUCCAGACCGUGCACUGUCAAGUGCUUGUUCUAACGACCUGCUUGCGUGUGUUUCUUCUUU